AUGGCUCCGGAGCUGCCAUCGGGCCGACGGUCCAUGUCACCAGAGAGCUCUGGACGUGACUCCCCUGCGCCGCGUCAAUGGCGGAACCAGCUGGGCGCAGAUGAGCCCCUGACGCGCGACAAGGCUUUCCGCAAGUAUGCCACCGGCGUCGACCGUGCUCUCUCCUUGUUUGAGACGGCCCUCCAGGAAUGGGCCGACUACAUUUCGUUUUUAAACCGUCUGCUCAAGGCCCUGCAGUCGCGGCAAGCUUCCAUCACCACAAUCCCGGCCAAGGCUGUUGUCGCCAAGCGGCUCUCACAAUGCCUCAACCCGUCUCUCCCCUCCGGCGUCCACCAGAAGGCGCUCGAGGUCUACAAUCUUGUUUUCUCCAUCAUCGGCACCGACGGCCUGUCCCGCGACAUGCCGCUCUACCUGCCCGGCCUCGCGCCAACGCUCUCCUUUGCCUCGCUCUCGGUCCGCGCACACUUCUUUGACCUGCUCGAGCGCCACUUUCUUGACGUCGAACCACGCUCACUACGGCCGGCUCUCAAGGCGCUCAUCCUUGCGUUGCUGCCAGCGCUGGAGGACGAAACGGCGGAGGAUUUUGACCGCACACUCAAACUGCUGAACCGCUUCAAGACCGCUGUGCGGCCACUCGACAGCGAAGAGCUCACACCAGAGCACGCUACAGGCGACGACUUUUUCUGGCAGUGCUUCUUUCUGGCUACCAUCACCAGCCAGAGCCGGCGGCCCGGCGCCCUAGCCUACCUCACACGCUACCUGCCCAAGCUCGGCCAAGCCAUGUCUAAUGGUAAAGAUGCCGCGACAAAAGCAUCCACGGCCGACGCCCAACUAAUGUCCAAGCUGUCGGAGAUCAUCACAUCGCCUGAGCCAGGCCUGCUUUUGCGGUGCUUUACAGCCGGCCUGGCCGACGAGCAGCUGCUGAUCCAGCGUGGCUUCCUCGACCUCCUCGUAGCGCACCUCCCGCUGCAUGCUGCAGUGUUGCAGUCUCACGUCAAGCCGGCCGACCUCGAGCUGUUAAUGCGUGCGGCAUGUGGUGUUGUCACGCGGCGCGAAAUGAGCCUGAACCGACGCCUGACGGCCUGGCUUCUGGGGCCAACGCCAGCGAACGGUGACGCCGAACGGGAAGCCGAGUCCCCGUCGGUGCUGGAGAGUCGCAACGCAGGCUUUGCAUUCACACAGAAAACGAGCUACUUCGAGGAGCAUGGGCUGCAUCCCUUGACGCGCGCUUUGCUGAGUAUGGUUCAGUCGAAUCCUGGCAGCACGCCCGCCGAGCGCGCACGACCCUACCGUAUAUGUCUGUCGCUUAUGGACCGAUGGGAAAUCGGCGGGCUUGUCGUGCCCGAGGUGUUCCUUCCGAUUGUUGACAGUGUGCGCAAGUUCAAGGCCGAGGCCGCCUCCAAAGCCGAUUUCAACGAGGUGCUUCGCAGUGCGAGCGUCUUCUUUGACGGUGUCGAGAGCGGCCUUAUCUAUGGCGAGAUGCUCAGCCUAGUGGCCCAGGCCAUUGGCCCUGGUGGCAACCUCUCGGCGGCUGAUCGGGCAGACAAGUUGGCCCUUGUCAAGUUUAUUCUGGGGCACUUUAAUGUCCGCGAGGAGGAGAUGACAACCAUUCACGCCCCAUUGUCAGCACUCUCCAUCCUGUCCAUGCUCGAGGACAUGGAAAACCGGACAUCGUCAGCCGAGACCGAGACGACGCCUGAGAUCACCAUAGAGGCGCUCGGUAUUGCGGCCGAUCUCUUGGAUAUUGUGCCCGAGCGCGCAUUCGUCUCAUCCAGAGACAAGGGUGACGGCAAGUCGGUUGUCAAGCACAAGACACAGUCUAGCUUGCCGAACGCAGAGCUUCUCAAGAAGAUCCGUGACUUUUACGUCAACGACCAGGGAAAUCUGGACACGGCAACGCCGCCCUACGCUCCGCAGGCGGUAGCCGAUCUGCUCCUGCAGAGAGCAUGCAGCAUCGGCUGCCAAUCUCUGGAUGGCGCGGCCGACAUCGACCUGCCGCUCAAGAGCCGCAUUCUGCUCGUCCUCCUGGACAAGAUCCCACUCAAGACACCAUUCAACGUGUCCGACCUCCUCUCCUCCCUUCACGGCCGUCUGGUGCGGGACGGCGACGCCACUACUUUCACCACCUUUUCCUCCAUCCUCACCAUCUCCAUCGACCUCCACCUGAGCGAACGCAUCUCCACAAACGACCUGUCGGCCAUCGUGCCGCCGCUCGUUGCCCGCGCCUGGAAGUUCUUGAGCGCGACCGAGCCCAAGUACCACGUCGAAACCGUGCGCAACCUGUGGCUCCUCCAGACGGCACUAGGCACGACAAACCGGGAUAUUGAAGCCGCAAUCGCUGAGCUCAUGAUACGGACAGAUGUCAAGGGCGCCUUUGCAAGCCGCAACGCCGAUCCCGGCCGCAACUUUGGUGUGUUAUGGCUUCACACUCUACAGGACAGCAACCCGAGCGCGUCCGACCGGCGGACACCCAAGACACCCAAGACACCCAGCUCGAGUCUGCGGUCGUUCCCCCGGCUUGCUGGCGUCGACCACUACGACGUGAUGCUGACCCGCCCUCUUCUCCUGAUGCUGGACGCUCUUCUCGAUGAGCGGACGCAGCUGUUUAUGGCCGUCAAGACGUGGUUGACGUCUCUAGUGGGACUAGACCGGCUUUUCCUUAUCCUGGCAAAGAAGUUUUUGGACCUGGGCAUCCUGCGCAGCAGACCAGAAAAGAAAAGUGUCGGCAACAAGUCUGAGUCUUCGGCCCGUGACACCGACAUAAUCGACACGGACAUGUGCCUCUACUACCUACGAACACUCUCCAACAUCUUCAAGUGGGCACCCGAGACAUUGUGGGCUGUUCUUGCGCGGCGGACAAUCUCGCUGGACCUUCUGCGAGAGAGCGCCAGUGAUCUCAUCAAAUCCGAAGACACUGAAGUGACCUACCAGGAGUUCUUUGUUCAUGUCUGCAUGAAGUGCAUCGUUCCCGCCGAAGCCUCCCAAGAUGGUGACCCGUUGACCGACCAGCGCGAUGCCCAGCUGUGCCGUUUUGCCCUCUCCGCUCUCCACCAAAUCCUCCUCAGCCCCCACGCCGCGGCUCUCUCCAAACUGCACCUAGAAGACGAGCUCCUUGAGCGCCUCGCCGAGGCUUUGCAGGGACCUGACCCGUACAUCCAGACACUUUUGCUAGACGUCCUCCCUCCAGCCCUCAAACUUCGCGAUGUCACGCCCGUCGAGCAGCCGGCGUCACCCAACAGCGAAAAGCGCAAGUUUAGUGGUGGCGACAUCUCCAAAAUGGUCUCGCCGCCAACCAAGGAGGUAUCCGACGUCAUUCUCCCGCCGCCGGCCUCCUUACUGAAGUGCAUUCAGGCCGGUCUAAGUGCACCCAGCAGCCGUGCAGUCCUGGACAGCUGGGUUGGGUUCCUGUCGAUUUGCCUACCAUUCUAUACCGAUUCCAUAUUCCAGGUCCUGAUUCCACUUGUGGAAACGCUAUGUGCACAGGUUGGUGCCACCUUCUCCGAUCUCCAGGAGACGUUCCGUAACCCACGACCUGCAGUCCGAGCCGACACAGACGCGCCUGAGACGACACUCAUCUCGCUCCUCAAUGCCCUCGAGCAAAUUUUGGCGACAGGCCACCAGAGGUUGCUAGCCGAAGAGUCGCGGGUGCAGUCUGUCAAGAGCCCUGACCAGCCGCAAAGUUUCUUUGGCAACAUCUUCGCAUCGGAUGCCCCACAGACCCGCAGUUCCACGGCCAACGACCGUUUGACGGUGCUGCUGGCCUUCCAGGACGCCGUGCGCAUCUGCUUCCGGAUCUGGUCGUGGGGUAAGAGCGGCAGUUCCUCGGCGGCGGCUCUGGAUAUGACGUCGGCCGCAUCGUUUAGUUACACAUCGAUGCGGGUGCGCAACCGUGCCCGGCGACUGUUGGAGCACUUGUUCCGCGCCGAGACGCUCGAGUGCCUGGAGACGGCUAUAGACAUUUGGCGGAGCGCACUAGUUGGGCAGAGCAGCGCCAGUGCGGGUGAACAGACGACAGCGGUGGCAUCCAAGCUCUCGAACAGCGGCAAGCAAUACACCGAUGUGUUCGACCUGCUUCUAACCCUUGACGCCUCGCGACCACGGCACUCGAUCCCGGCCAUUUUCAACUCCAUCUAUAGCCGCACCAAUCCCACAGCGCUCGAUCCUGCCCGCAAAUCAACGCUGACCAUCUCGCUGCAAGAUACGGAUAUUGUUGUCUUCCUUGUGGACUACACACGGUCGCUCGAGGACGAUGUGAUGGACGAGAUUUGGCAGGACUGCACCAUCUUCCUCAAGGACCUGCUGGGCAACCCGUUCCCGCACCGGCAGUCUCUGCCGUGUCUCCUCGAAUUUGCGGCCAUUCUCGGCGAAAAGGUGGACAACACCAAUUUUGGCGAACAGCGCAAGAUGCGGCGCGAACUGGGGGACAUGUUCCUCCGCUUGCUGACUGCACUAUUUACGACGCGCCCCAUCACAUUCCCCGAUGGAGCGGCGUCCGGUCCUCAGCUUGACCGCGGGACAGCUUCUGUUGAGGCCGGCGGCACUAGCAAGGUGUCGGGCCACGCACAACCGUCGCCCCCGUCCGUACUCGUGACAGCGGAUUACGGUAGCCCGUCUGAGCGUGCGGACGACGUUGUGGGCAUCCUGUCAUCGAUUGUGCCGAACCUGCCUAAAAUUCUGAUGGAGAACGACCGCGUGCAGUCGGCGGCGACGACCAUCUCAAGCAGUGUCAUCGUCCCAACCAUCCGCGCCAAGUCGUUCCCUGAGACCAUGUCCCGGACAACGCUGGUGCUGCUGCAAGAGCUGUCGCGGCUGCCCAACAACCAAAAGGGCUGGAAAAAGGACGUGUCGGACGCGUUCAACGACGCGCGCUUCUUUGCGACCAGCCUGCCGCUCGUACGCAGCGACUGGCUGACGCUGCUGCGGCAGUGGUCCGUCAACGACAAGGAGCGCAUGCCGGAGCUUCUCAGCCGGCUCACGGCGCCAACGACGGCGGGUAUCGUGUUCGGCGUCGGCGCCACGUCGGCACGUCUCGAGGCUGACCGACGCACGCAGCUGACGCUGCGGCGCGUGGCGCUGCUGAUUCUCGCGGGGGCGCUGGAUGCGUUCGUGUCCGACCUGCCGACCAUUACAGAGAAGCUGGUGGAGCUGCUGGGCGCGUCGGCCACGUCGUCGCCGUCGUCGACGACGCGCGCAGAGGUGUACCUUGUGCUGCGGGCGCUGGUGCUGCGGACGAGUGCGGUGCACCUGGCGGGGCUGUGGCCGCUGGUGGAUUCGGAGCUGCACGCGGCGAUUGCGUCGAUUGUGGCGCCGGACAACAGCACGGCCGCCGACACGUACAACAAUGCGUCGCUACUGCAGGCGUGCAAGCUACUGGAUCUGCUAGUGUGCGUGGCGCCCGACGACUUCCAGCUGCGCGAGUGGCUCUUUGUGACGGACACGAUUGAUGCCGUGUACCGAUCGGCAAUGUACCAGCCGGUGGCACUGGCAGACGAGCUGUCCGAGGAACUGGGCUCGGCGAUGAUGUUUAGCCACCACAUCAACUCGGGCGUGGGUCUCGAGUCGGCGACGGCGCUGGCCACGAACAACACGCUGAAGCGGCCACUUUUGGGCGCGGCCGCGGCAGGCGGUCUCAGCGACGAGGUCAGCCUCGAGCGCAAGGACGAGCUGGUGUCCAAGGUGUUGCGGCCGUUCUUCAGCCAACUGAGCAUCUACGCGUUCGAGUCGACGUACACAAUGGCACCGGUGGACACGGAGGGGUGUGUGGACGGAGUGCUCAAGGACCUGUUUGACGAGCGGGCCAUUGUUAAGGCGUUGUAA